ACAAAUAAUACAGCCGAACUUGUAAGAACACAUACGAAAAAAAAGUAAACAAAGCCUUUAAAAAAAACAAAAACACAAAGAAAAAAGAGACAGUAUCGUUGAAGCUGUGCCAAUGAAUAUCGAUUUCUAUCUGCACGCACUUAACUCUACCCUGCAAGCAUACGCAUUGAAAGUACAACAAUUUGCCAGCAUCGCAUUACAAGCAGCGGUCGAACUGCGCAGCGACGUCACUGUCAACUGGCAGUGGCAGAGCCCCGUUGAAUUUACGGCACUGCAGGCAACAUUGUUAAAGGUUCUGCUUGUGCUGUUGCUGGGUACUGGCGUGCUAAUUGUUUGGAGCUGGAGUGUCUACGGUCAAGUGAUCAGCGAGAAGUUUGUCAGGCCAAGCACACUCAAGGAAAUCGAAGAGCUUAAAUUAUCCGUGGCCAAAUUGAAAUUGCCCAAGGAACAUUCACCUAGAAUCUAGAAAUGUCCAAAAU